CAGGAAUAUUUUCGGAAGAAUACUUGUUCCAGACUGUUUAGUCCGUGACACAAGAGUGUUUAUAUGUUAUUAAUGCUUCAAUUUCGAAGUGUUUAUCUGCAUAUACAGUAAUUGUCACAGUAGUUCUCUUAUCACAUAUAUACAGAUAAGAAUUAUCGUUAUAAUUUUCCUUAAUGUGACCGCUUGAACGUUCUUGAACAGAGAAACGCAAUUAUGGCGUUGAAAUUUGCCAGUAACUUAUCCUUUAUGUUUACGGAAGUGCCCAGCAUUAUUGACAGAUAUCAAUUAGCAAAACAGGCUGGAUUUAAAGCAGUCGAGAGUGGAUUUCCUUUUGGCUUUUCUAUCGAACAGGUUGUAGCAGCCAAGAAUAAGGCUGGUGUACAUCAAGUUCUGCUCAAUGUAUUCACAGGUGAUAUUACAAAAGGAGAACUAGGCUAUGCUGCAAUCCCAGGUAAAGAAGACGAUUUUAAAAAUAGUAUUUCUAAAACGAUCCAAUAUGCCAAAGCUUUGGAUUGUAAGAUGAUUCAUGUAAUGUCAGGAACAGUAGAAUCACCCACCGCAAACAAUGAUGCAGCUUACGAACAAAACUUGUUGCAUGCCAUUGAAAAAUGUCAACAAGAGGACAUUGUUAUUGUGAUUGAGCCAAUUAAUAAUUACAGUGUACCAAAGUACUACAUGAAUAAUUUUAGAAAAGGAUUUGAUCUGGUAAAGAAGAUAAACAAUCCAUAUUUUAAGCUACAACUGGAUCUCUUCCACUUACAACAUUGUUGUGGCAAUAUUACAAGAAGCAUUCAAGAAUUGUUGCCUUAUGUGGGUCAUAUUCAGAUAGCUCAAGUACCUGAUAGACACGAGCCAGAUACUUCGGGAGAAAUAGAUUACAAAUAUGUUCUUUCAUUACUGGAAACGGCAGGCUACCCUGGAUACAUUGGUUUAGAAUACAGACCGAAAUCCACGACAGUGGCAGGAUUAAAAUGGAUUGCAAAUUAUGGUUAUACACUGUAAUAGAUACAGUAUACAUAAGAACACGUGUACAGUAUAUUUUCGAAUAAUUUCAACAGCUUUGAAAUUAAUGACAAUUAACAAUUUUUGAUGAAGCUCUUGUUCUGUAAACGUAUAUUAAAAGAAACGUAUACGUAAUACAGAACAAUAAACAUGCCUGAAUAAACAUUACCACAUAAAUUGUAAGUUUAAAUUAACGUUUACUACUUCACCUGGCUUUUAG